AUGUUGAUGGUAAGCAAUCUACGAAAUUCAAGAGCAAAUGAUCAACAACAGCCAUCGACAAACCAACCUUCUUCAGAAAAAGUAGAAAGAAAGAUCGUAGAGAGAAACAGGAGAAACAAGAUGAAGAACCUCUAUUCCCAGCUCAACUCUCUUCUCCCAUCUCAUAAUCCCAAGGUAUUUUCUCUACCUUUCUGCAUACCAGUGCGUGCUCAAAUAGGUGAAGCAAUAAAGUACAUUAAAAGCCUGGAGACAAAAGUGAAGAUGUCGAAGGAGAAGAAGGAAAGGUUAUUGGAAAAGAAGAGAACUCUCAGUGGCUGCAGCUCCAAUGCUUCUGAAGCAAAAGGAAGCCAAAACCCACCAAAAAUCGAGGUUCAUGAAACUGGUUCUGCGAUUCAAGUCAUUCUGACAUGUGGGGUCGAUAAAAAUUUCAUUUUCUGUGAAAUUCUUCGGAUACUGUGCGAACUAAACGUGGAAGUUGUCAGUAUCAAUUCUACAAUGGUGGGAGAUUCAGUGAUGCAUGCUGUGCACUGUGAGGUUGGGCAAUUUCAAUUUGGUGCUGGCAAAGUGAGUGAAAUGCUGAAAUGGAUUGUGAAUGUAUCCUUCGGUGAUGAUGAGAAAAUAGAUCCUGAAUUGUCGGAUUAUGGAAUUGGCACCACUGAUAACACCUGGGUACUUCUUGAUCCAACCCUAGAUAUUGGUUUACCACCAUAUCCAUGGUAA